AUGUUCUUCUUUGAUGCCAAAGUCAUGAGCCUUAUUGACAGCGUGGCGAUGACACAGCUGCUGAGGCUCGUUAGAGAAUGCAACGUGAUGAGCAGCCAGAAGGGGGCUGAGGUGACAGACAUGAACACAGAAGGCUCAAGGGACAUGGAUCACACAGCACAGCAGCAGCUCAGCAGGGUGGCAGCUGCCGCUUACGCAGUUUUGCUAGAGCUGCUGCAGCCCAUUCAUGGCAUCGUCCGGGAGACAGCUGCAGCGGUGCUGCGCCACCUCAUGCCUGGCCUGCUGGGCCUCUCUGAGCCGGGGGCAGCGCCCUCAGAUGACGGCAGCACCCCACCGCAGCGCAGUGCAGCAGCCGUCCGCUCGGAGAUCAUUGCUUUUGCCAAGAGCGCCGUCAGCGCAAACCUGGAAUGCAGAGAGGCGGUGGCUGCGCUGGCGCGUUAUGUGGUGCUCAAGGCACCAGACAAGGCGGACUUCCGCUCCCUGGCAGUGGACUGUGCCAUGCAGCUGACAGCCGAACUGCCCAUGACAGACCGCACCAACUUUGUUGUCUUUGCUGCUCGCCUGUCACGCACAGCCAAGGGGACUCCUUCGCGCAAUUCACAUCUGGGGUCGCCAUCUGCGUUAGAGGCUGCGACGCCUGCCGGCUCGCAUGCAGUCUCAGGCACUUCCUCAGGGCAGAGCACCGACGCCAGGAGCCUCGUGGACACGGCGGCCACAGUGGCGCCAAAUCUGGGGGAGGAUGCCAGCCCGGCACCGUGCGGCACCAUCUGCCUAGCCCUGCUGCUGCAGCGCUGCUCCGACAAGUCCGCCGCAGUGCGAGGCAAGGCGCUCGCCAAUCUGGCGGCCGCCGUCCGCGACAUGCUGGCCGCGCAGCAGGGCGCCGACAGCGCCCACAUGCUGCACUGCCGCCAGGCGCUGGUGCUGGCGAGCUCGGUGCGCAUGCAGCACCCGCUGAGCAACACGCCGGCCAUAAUCACGCCGCCGGCUGUGACGCCCGCCGCGGCCGACGAGCCGGGCGCGACUCCAAUGGCCGACACGCCGCAGCCGCCCAACAGCGUCUCCGCCUCCGGCGCCCCCUUCGUCCAGAAGAAGCGCGCCGGCCUGCACCGCACCCUCCUGGAACACGCCUACCACGGCGCCGCCGCACAGGCCGCCCAGCUGGACCUGGAUGUCAAGGCGCUGACGGCGCUGGCGCGGAAGCGGUGCAGCGAUGACAAGGCGGGCGUGCGCAAGGCGGCCGCGCAUCUGCUGGAGGGGCUGCUGCUCCUGCGCGCCAGCGGCGCCGGCGGAGCCGCCGUCGUGCUUCCCUCUCCGGCCGACAUCGCCGUUGUGAGUGUGCGCAAAGCGGCGCUGGGGGUGUGCUCGGGGCUGCUGCGGGCGCUGCCGCAUGAAGCUUCCCUUGCGGCCCUGUGGGUGACGGCUGCGCUGCCCCUGGUGCGCGACGUGGAGGCGUCCCUCCAGGAACAGCUCCUCGACAGCUUCCAUGACUUUGUCAUCGUCCCUGCAGUGGCGAUGAGCAAGGAUGCAGGGGCAGUAGAACGGCUGGCGCCAGUGCUGGCAGCGCUGUCAGAGGACUCGGGCGCCGCCGCAGUGUGCCUCGGCCGAGCAUGUGCGCAGCUCAAGGUCAAGAAGCGCCUCAAGGCCGACAAGGUCGCCGCCGCCAUGCAGCACAUCAUCUCCACAGAAGGAAUGGCGCCGGAGGCAGUCAGUGGCGCCUGGCAAUUGCUGGCUGAGGUGUCAGCGCAGGACCCCAGCGCGCCGUCCUGGGAGUUCCUGCAGGACGCAUGGGAGCGGGUCAAGGGGAGGACCGCAGCCGACGGCUGUGAUGGCGACGGGGCGCUGCUGCUGCGAGUGGUCGCCCACGCCGCCGGCCGCUUCCCGCCCGCGCAGGCCGCCGCCCUCGUCCGCGACCUCCUCAAGGCUGUGCAGGCGUUCACACUGACGCCGGGGCUGACGGCAGCGCACGUGCUGGCGCUGGCGCAGCUGAGUGCGGCGGGCGCGGCCAAAUCCAGUGACGGCUGGACGGCGGGCGUGCUGGCGGCAUGCGAGCGCCACCUGGGCGCCUUCGUGGACGCUUUCUCCAGGGGCGAUGCCUCCGGCGCGGCCGCCGCCGGCCGGCAGACUACCACCGCCAUCUUUACUGCUGGAGAGGUGGUGCUGCUGAGGCAGGCCAAGCCCUCAGGGCGGCUGGUGGUGCUGGUGCAAGCCCUGACAGCGCCCAAGCUGGCCAGCAAUGAUGCUGCGCACUCCUCCGUGCCCGCCCCAAUCCAGGUAUCCCAGGGUUUUGAGGCAGCAGUCACGGCUGUGCAGGCGCACGCGUGGGUGGCGCUGGGCAAGCUGUGCCUGACAGAGGAGGCCACCGCCAAGAAGUGCCUGCCGCUGUUCGUCCAGGAGCUCGGCCGCGCCUCCAACCCAGCGGUGCGCAACAACAUAAUGGUGGCGCUGACGGACCUGACUGUGCAGUACACGGCGCUGGUGGAUGCGCAUGUGCCGCGCCUGGCCGCAUGCCUGGCCGACCCCCACGAGCUCUUCCUGAGGGCGCUCGUGGACGACAGCGCGCGCGUUAGGAGCCUCGCCGAGUACCUGCUGACCGACACCCUCUCAUCCAAGGCGCCGCUGCUGGCGUACAACCACUUUGUGGAGGCGCUGUUUGUGCUGAACGAGUGCCGCGCCGGGCUGCAUGCGCCAGAGGAGCCCCUGUCGCAGGCCGUCGGCGGCGCGGACGCCCGGAGCGCAUUCAGCCUCGCCGGGCAGUCUGGCCGCGCCAAACGUGACACCAUCUACCGGGCGCUGCUGCGGCGGAUGGCUCCGGAGCACAAGUUUGCGAGCGCGGCGCGGCUGUGCAGCGAGGUGCUGAGCGGGUUUGCUGAGGGAACGCUGCCGCUGGACGGCGCUGCCGAGGUCGCGAGCGCGCGCGGUGGCGCCGCGGCGGCCGAUGAGGAGGAGGCCGGGGCGAGUGCGAAGGCGGUGGAGGGUGCGGCGAAGGGGCGGCUGGUGAGCGCGAUGAUGAAGAAGUACCUGGCGGAGGGCAUGGUGCCCGUGCUGCUGGAGCUCAAGCGCUGCCUGGAGGCCGCGCGCCACCCGCUGCUGGGAGACCUCCUGGCCGCCUUCAGAGCGCUCCUGCGCGACCACAAGAGCGAGAUCCAGGACAUCCUGGCGGGGGACAAGCAGCUGGCGCAGGAGAUCCUGUACGACCUCAAGCAUGACGCGCCACCUGCCAGCCAGCCUGCAGGCGCGACCUCUCACCCUCCUGUCAGCAUCUGGGCUGCUGUCGAGGGCCCGAGAGAGCGGGUGGCGGAAGUUGCGCAGCGGCCGGUGCGUCAGCCGAGGGGCGCCUCGCGACUGGCGCAGCAUUCCUUCGGCAGCCCUGCAUCACCAGUGCUGAACGGUGCCGGCAUGUGGGUGCAGGCUGUAUCGAGCACGCCGGCUUCAGCUGGGGUGGGCCUGAAGGGCACGCCGGCCUCCGGUGUGCCCUACAGUGCCGCCGACUUCAAGACGCCGGGCACAAAAGCAGGAAUGGAUAGCACCCACAGCCCGUCGGCUGCUGCAGGCAAGCCCAGCAUGUCCGUGCCACGAGUGCGCACCGGCACAAAGGCUCGCCCCUCGCGCUUGGGACCCGGCAACCCGGCGACGCCUGUCGUCCAGCAGGUGCAUCAGUCCUGCCUCACCAACAUCACGCUGCCCAGCCCGGCACGUGUGGACAAGGUGCCCAAGCGCUGGAACAUAGCGGAGGACACUUGGAAGGGCGGGGACAGCGCCAAGAAGGCAACGCCUGCAGCCAAGCGCGGCAGCGGCAGGAGUGCACAUGCUGCAGACAUGCAAGUCUUGAUUGAGGGUGCGGCAGCGGCAGCUCUGAAUGAGGAGACACGGCCGCAGAGAAAGAGGAAGAAUGCUGCGUGCUGA